GGAGAUAACAAAUGAGAAACAACUGUAUUUCAAUCUUCCUGAUAUAACGCUGAGUCUAUAAAUUCGUCUCGUGUUUAUGAGUAAUCGUUGAAAACCCAACAUGAAUAUAUAUAUAUAAUGUAACACGCACACACUAAACGGAAAUUAAGUAAUGGAUUCAUAUACGAGAAACCUUCGUACCUACUGCCAGUCAAAUGGACAAUCUCAGGGUAAAACACAACAUACCAAAUGUCUUGACAGCUAUUUUCGACAAAACAGUAUGUUCCGUUUGCCAGAUUUAUAUGACAGCCAAGAUAAGGUAUCGGAACACAACAUAAAUGCAUUCUUGGAAAAUUCUUAUCAAGAUGAGAACGGCGGUGAUGAUUUACUAGAGCCUGUACGUAUCUCCAAUACAUGUUCUAAGUCUGUUCAAACAGACUUUUCUUCCAAUGAAGUUGUAUUAUCCGAAUACUUGGAGGAGUUUGACCCCCUUUUUGUCAAUGUGAAGGAGAACGACGAACAACAAAGUGAAUCGAAUCAUUCUGGUAUGUCGACAUUGGCCACAGAUGACGAAAUGGAGAGUUUUGACUUUUCCAAAGAGGGCGAAGAUGUACUUGUCAACCUGAACUAUGACUCCCUCUCCGACGAAAGUGAUUGUCCACAAUAUACGGACAGUGAUUUACAGGAAGUGUUAAUAUCAUCGGAAGUACCACUAACCGGAAGUAAAAAAACGACCGUAAACGCUACGCCUUUAAAAGAUCUUGAUUUUGAAGUUCACAGCUUGUCGGAGAGAGUGACUUCAAUAUUAACGACAAACGAAUCCCUUAUUAUGAACGGCAGACUUAUGUAUCACAAAGAUGAUAGCAGCGACGAUGACGAAGAGGAAUUCGUUAAAGUUCCAAGAAAUGUCUUAAAAUAUGUUCACUUUUCAAAUUCGCGUGCUCACCAACAAUCCCGGGGAGCUACGUCAUGUGAGGAUUGUGUCCGUAGUCGAAGAUGGUCGGGGAGAGAACAAAACAUGAAAAACGAGGGAAGAAAAAAGAAACAGUCUCCUCCAUAUACACUUGCGACGAGUUUCUCUCCAUCGCGAAAACCGAUAUCGAAUAUUUUACCAAACGAAGACGGCAGUAUUUGGAUUACAUUUCAAAACAGCAACAUCGUCAAACUUUAUGAUUACCAUGGUAACGCGAUCGAUUCGAUUGACGUUAGGAUGGAGAUUGAUGACAUCACGAGCUCCAAAGACGGGACUCUAUAUAUCUCGUGUCCUAGAGCAAGGUGUAUCAAAGUACUCACCAGGACAAUGCAGUUACACACUCUAUUGGUGACCCCGACCUUUGUCCGAGGGAUAGUGUUUAGCCCUAUCGACAACUGCCUGAUUGCCUGUUUGGUUCCUGAUCUCACCAACCAGAUAGGACAGGAUUGCUGUAGUCAUGGCGCAUGCGUAAUGCGGUAUUCUAUUCAACGGCAUUGCCGGGCAUGCCCGAGAAAUACAUAUUCCGGGUGCUACCACUUCACACGUUACCAUAUGCACGUUAAUGCGGGAAGCAGGUGUUCAAAGUGCAUUUGUUCCCAAGAUGUGUAUUGUAUCAAGUGGUCGAAGGUCACACACGAAAACUUAUUUAAAUAUCCUUUCCGAGUCGCUGUGAAUUCAAACGGCGAUGUGGCUGUGUCUGACCAUGGCAACCGGACGGUGCUGCUUUUAUCCAAUAGCGGAACUUUGCUAGGCUCGUUUAACCAAUCGAAUGUGAGAUUGUUUAUAAACCACGCCCUUGCAUUUGACGUCAAUAACGAUCUACUUAUCGUGCAAUCGGGACAGAGAAAUAUCCUCCGAAUACGACGGUAUGUAGAUUGUUCUACUAGCGUGACGAAAUCAACCGUGCCAGAAAUGGAAUCACAGAGCGUGACGGCCGCGGCGAUGGAUUCUAAAGGAAUGUUGCUGGUCGUGAUGGAUCGGACAUUGAUCAAAGUUCUCAAGAAAAUAGACAUUCCACCAUUACACUAACCUACAUUUAUCAAAUAUUCUGCCUGUUUUCCUGUGAGUUCGCCGUGGAUGAUUUUUGUUCAUAUGUGUAAAAUAUCACUGGCAAAUUUUCAUUGGCUGAGCCAUUCGAAACUGACGGUAAAAUUUAGGCAUUGACAUGACAUCAAAAGGGCUGCCUCUGUUUGAUUUUAAACAAAUUCCAUUUUCAAACCUGUCAGAAGAAAUGUAGGUUUUCAGAGUGAUGCGAUAAAUAAUUAUCUUAAAUCUUGUUUCAUUUUAUAUUAAAGACUCCAGAAAAAUAAAAAUAAAAUAAAAACAAGACUCGUUUCAUCAAAUUUCCAAUGAAAUAAAUCCUCAUUUAAGAUCCAA